AUGGGUUUGGCCAUAGAAACUGAUAAAUGUCUGCUGUGUGGUGAGGAGGCAGAGACAAGGGACCAUAUUUUCUUUGAUUGCCAAUUUGCUAAAGAGCUUUGGGAAUCUAUUCUUGAGUUAUGCUGCAUUUCUCGUGGAGCUUGCAGCUGGGUUAGUGAGCUGGCGUGGGCCACCCUUCUAUUCAAGGGUAAGUCCCUCAUCGUGGGGAUUCUUAAGCUCGCCUGGUCUGGGCACAUCUAUAGUAUAUGGAAAGAGAGGAAUAAAAGAUUGUUUGGGAAUAGAGCAAGAUCGAAGGAGGAAGUGCUAGGUGACAUCAAGGAGGCCAUCCGUAUCCGGUUGGUGGGCAAAGCUUUUAACCGGUGUGAUCUGUCUAAUAUCGCUGUGUACUAA